AUGGAUGUGGAAAGGAUGCCACGUUCCUGGCGCUUGCAUUGGCUGAUUUUAGGAGGCUGUGGUACUGCUGUAUUAAUGAUAUUUACUCUCCUGGGGGCCUCCUUUCUCCAUGUAUCAGUUGUGGUUCCAAGAGAAUGCAGAGACAUCUCCUUAGCACAGCAAGGCAUCUAUAGGGCUGAAAAGGAGUCAACAGGGAAGUCCUGGGCUCAGCCCCAUCAGGAGUUUCAUAAAAGCUCCACUGGAGCUCCUUUGUAUUGUAACAUCUCCCCUGAUUACCGCUUUGACUGUGCUCCAGAAAAGACCCUCACUCAGGAGCAGUGCGAGGCCCGAGGCUGCUACUAUGUUCCAGUGGCUCAGCAGGGAUUCUCCCAAAUAUGGACACCACGGUGCUUCUUCCCACCCAGUUACCCAAGCUACAAAUUGGAGAACCUCACCACCACUAAGACAGGCUACACUGCCACUCUGACUCGGGCAGUGCCUACCUUCUUCCCUAAGGACAUCCUAACCCUGCAUUUGGAGAUGCACUUGGAGACAGAAAGCCGACUGCAUUUUACAAUCAAAGAUCCUUCCAAUCAGCGGUAUGAGGUUCCCAUGGAAACCCCUAAAGUCAAUACCAGGGCUCCUUCUCCUUUCUACAGUGUGACAUUUGAGGCCAACCCCUUUGGUUUGGUCAUAUUUAGGAAGUCAAAUGGAAUGGUCUUGUUAAAUACAACCAUUGCUCCCCUGUUCUUUGCUGACCAGUUUCUCCAGAUCACUACCUCCCUUCCCUCUCACUACAUUACUGGCCUUGGGGAACACCAGACACCCCUAAUACUCAGCACCAACUGGACCAAGAUCACCUUCUAGAACAGAGACAUAGCACCUGUGCCUGGGGCCAAUCUGUAUGGUUCACAUCCUUUCUACCUAUGCCUGGAGGAUGGAGGUUUGGCCCAUGGGGUCUUCCUACUGAACAGCAAUGCCAUGGAUGUGGUAUUACAACCAAGACCUGCCCUGACCUGGAGGGCAAUAGGGGGCAUACUGGAUUUCUACGUCUUCCUGGGACUAGAGCCAAAGAGUGUGGUUCAGCAGUACUUGGAAGUUGUUGGAUAUCCAUUUAUGCCACCUUACUGGGGUCUGGGCUUCCACCUGUGCCGAUGGGGCUACUCCUCCACCACCAUCACCCGACAGGUGGUAAAGAACAUGACAGCAGCUAACUUUCCCCUCGAUGUCCAGUGGAAUGACCUAGAUUACAUGGAUGCCAGGAGGGACUUUACUUUCAACAAGGACAACUUCUCAGAUUAUCCAGCCAUGAUACAGGAAUUUCAUCAGAGUGGCCGGCGGUACAUCAUGAUAGUGGAUCCAGCCAUCAGCAGCAUUGGCCCCCCUGGGAGCUACAGACCCUAUGACGAAGGCCUGAGGAAAGGAGCGUUCAUCACCAAUGAGAAGGGGCAACCUCUGAUUGGGAAGGUUUGGCCUAGGGCGACAGCUUUCCCUGAUUUCACCAAUCCACAUACCUGGGAUUGGUGGUAUGAAAUUGUAGAGGAGUUCCACACUCAAGUACCCUUUGAUGGCAUGUGGAUUGACAUGAAUGAGCCAUCUAACUUUGUCACAGGCUCUGUGGAAGGUUGCCCCAACAAUGAGCUAGAAAAUCCUCCCUAUGUGCCAGGUGUGAUUGGAGGUGCCCUGAGGGCAGUAACCAUUUGUGCCUCUAGCCAGCAAUACUUGUCUUCCCACUACAAUCUGCACAAUCUCUAUGGGCUGACUGAAGCCAUUGCCUCCCAUGAUGCCCUGGUGAGGAUUCGGGGGAAGCGUCCCUUUGUGAUAUCUCAAUCUACCUUUGCUGGCCAUGGCCGUUAUGCUGGCCACUGGACAGGAGAUGUGUCUAGCACCUGGGAACAGUUGUACUACUCUGUGCCAGAAGUGCUACUCUUUAACUUGUAUGGGGUACCUUUGGUGGGAGCAGACAUCUGUGGCUUCUUAGGAAGUACUUCAGAGGAACUGUGUGUGCGAUGGACCCAGCUGGCGGCCUUCUAUCCCUUCAUGCGGAACCACAAUGACAAAUACAACCAGCCCCAGGAGCCAUAUGUGUUCAGUGAAGAGGUGCAGCAAGCUAUGAGGAGAGCCUUUACUUUGCGCUACAUGCUCCUCCUCUAUCUCUAUACCCUGUUCCACAAAGCCCAUUCUCAUGGAGAGACUGUGGCUCAACCUCUCUUUUUGGAGUUUCCCUUGGACAGCAACACCUGGACACUGGACCGUCAGUUCCUUUGGGGAGAAGCCCUCCUCAUUACUCCAGUACUUGAAGUUGGCAAGAUUGACGUGAAUGGCUACUUUCCCUCAGGCACAUGGUACCCCCUUUUGGAGGUACCAAUGGAGCCUCUUAUUGACCUGUCACCUUCAUCUCCUGCUCUCCAUAGCUCUGUCAUCCACAGCAAAGGAGAGUGGUUCACCCUGUCUGCACCACUAGAAGUGAUCAAUAUUCACCUUCGGGCUGGUUACAUUCUUCUACUACAGGAUCCUGGAUUCACCACCAUGGAGUCCCGAAGUAAACCAAUGACCUUGAUUGUGGCCUUAACUCCAAGUGGCAUGGCCAAGGGGGAGCUAUUCUGGGAUGAUGGAGAGUCCCUUGGGACACUGGAAUGGGGUCACUAUACCCAAAUCAUGUUCUUAGCUAACAAUAAUGUUAUUCUGAAUGAUCUGGUACAAGUGACUAGUGAGGGCACUAGUCUGAAACUGAGAAAAGUGACAGUUCUAGGGGUGACCACCAACCCCAAGCAGGUCUUCUCUAAUGGUGUCCUAAUCUUCAACUUUUCCUACAACGCUGACACUCAGAUCCUGGACAUCCCUGUGUCAUUGUCAGUGGCAGAGCAGUUUCUUAUCAGCUGGUCCUAA